AUGGCUAAGGCUAAAUUGAAAGUUUCCGUGAUAAAGUUGAUAUCGACUGCUUCCACUGGAUUUUCCAGACAUAUUACAGUUAAAAGAGGUGCACCACUUGUGCAUCAAGUGAGAUAUGAUCCGGUCGUUAAACGUCACGUCUUAUUCAAAGAGGCUAAGAAGAGAAAGAUCCCUGAAAUAAAACCGAUUACCUUUUCAAGGGUUACCAAGUAA